UCUAAUUUAUACACUAAUAAAACUCAAUCAAAUAUGAUCAUUUAAGUAUAGAUACUGGAAAUAAACAAUUAAUACAAAUAGUAACUUCAAUCAUCUAGUGGUCAUGGAGAUUUGUUUGUAUUGAAAAAUAAGCCUUAUUGUUUCGUUCUAAGUUCUAAAAAGAAAUUAAUUUAUUUGCACUAUGGACCCCAUGUAUCUUGCUUUAAGUCUUUUUCGAAGAAGACAUUAUGAUAAAUGUAUUGAUAUUUGUACAAGCAUACUCGAUAAACAACCAUUAGAUCAGGCAGCUUGGUGUUUGAAAAUGAGAGCACUUACACAAAGGGUAUAUGUUGAUGAUUUGGAGAGCGAAGAAUCACCACAAGAUGACGUUUUAGAUGAGAAUGUAGUAGCGUCGGCUCCAAGACCUGGAACAUCUCUGAAAUCAACUUCUACAGCAGUACCUUUUACAGCCUUGGGUGCAAGACCAAGGACGGCAACAGGAAGACCCAUAUCAGGUGUGGUACGACCGGGUACCCAGACAGGACGUCCUGGUUCUGCAUUGGACAGAUUAAAGACAUCGAGGGGGACCACGGCGCAAUCUGCGAGAGCCAUCAGGCUGGGUACAGCGGCUAUGUUGACACAGAAGGAUGGACCUUUCAUUCAAGUGUCUAGACUAAAUCUGGCCAAGUAUGCGAAAAUCAAAACGCUCAACAAACCUUUGUUCGAAUAUUUAUUUUAUCACGAAGGAGAUAUAAGAAACGCUAUGGAGUUGGCAGUAUUAGCAACCCAACACUGUGAAUUUAAAGACUGGUAUUGGAAAAUUCAGUUAGCAAAAUGCUACAGUGCUUUGAACUUGAUCAGAGAUGCAGAACAACAAAUCAGAAGUGCCUUGAAACAACAUCCGCACAUAGAGAGUUACAUAAGAUUGAUUAGGAUAUAUAUCAGAUUAGAUCAACCGUUAUCAGCUAUAUCGCUUUGCAAACAGGGUUUAGAGGUAUUUCCGAAUGACGUUUCCAUAAUGACCGAGCUGGCCAGACUAACCGAGGCUUUAAACGAACCCCAGUCAUCCGUGAAAUAUUACAGAAGCAUCGUUAUAGAGGACGCUAUGAAUACCGAAGCAAUCGCCUGCAUUGGAAUGUACCAUUUUUAUAAUAAUCAGCCUGAACUGGCUCUCCGAUACUACAGAAGAGUGUUAUCUAUGGGAGCUCAUUCUCCUGAACUCUACAACAAUCUAGGAUUGUGCUGUCUUUAUUCCCAACAACUAGACUUGACCUUGGCUUGUUUUCAAAGAGCUCUGGAUUUAGCUACUGAUCCAUUAAUAAAAGCUGAUGUUUGGUAUAAUUUAUCUUAUGUCGCUAUUGCAGCGGGAGAUAUUGGGUUGGCCAUACAAUGUUUAAACUUAUGCUUGGUUGCCGAUCCGACCCACGCAAGUGCAUUCAACAAUUUGGCGGUUUUGCAUCACCGUAGUGGAAAACCGCAUCUGGCCAAGGCCUACUUCACGUCUGCUAGAGAACAUCAGCCAGAGCUGCCCGAGCCCGGUAUAAAUCUGGAGGUUUUGCAGGAUGCCUGAUUUUUAUGACUAAACCGUUAAAAAAGAAAAUAUAUUAAGUUUUAGUUAAUAACUUACUUAUGUUACUAUUUAAUUAGAAUAUAAAGUGAUUUCAUAAAAUCCAUUAUAAAUUUUAAUGUAUUUUUUUUAUUAGAAAUAUAAACCAAAGUAUCU